AUUUUAUAGAUAUAUGAAAUGAAUAAAAUGUGAUUCCUACGAGAAUAUUAUAAUUAAAAUAAUGGUGAUACUUAAAAUAUGUUAUAUUUAAAAUAUUGAAUGGAAUUGUGUUUACAUUUAGUGAUGAAAUCGUAAACGUUUUGAGUAAUGGAGGUUUUUCGACAGCGCAGUCUUCGGGAGGUAGUCGAUUUUUGUAGAGAACGUGCCAAGGAAAAAUUUAAGAGAUAUAAAAAGAAAGCAAAAUGGUACUGGCCAGAACUUCAUCUCUACUGCGGAGUGUGCAAGCUUCGCACUGGCCUGUACAUACGAUCUACUAUCUGUUUGGUGUUCUACGUAAUAGCAACUAUACUCAAUAUUCUUAUGGUAUACUACAUAGUAGCCCGCGGGAGAUUUCUAUUUUCAAUGGAUAUGUCGGUAUUAGAAGAAUAUUUCGAUGGUAAUUUGACAGCAGAGACGUUUGUGCAAGCGAAGAAAAUUUAUACUUUGAUAUUAUCUUAUUUAAUAGUGUGGUGUGUCUUCAAAUUUAUAUACAUCUUGUCUCUUGUAUCCACCAUCUAUGCAAUGUACAAAAAAAAGCCGAGAAUUUUGAAAAUAGUCCUUUUUAAUAACACUCUCAAUUGGAUUUUGGAUGUCAUAUUGUCAUUUUUCGGAGCUGUACUGACACAAUUAUUCUCUAAAGCUUUAGUCGUGUUUUGUAUUUUAUUCGAAGGGUACAAUAUAUUGGCGUUAGCAAGUGAAUACAAGCAAUUGAAAGGAAAAUCAAAACUUUUAAUAAACCUGCCUAUCACAAGUGUUGAAGUGCCCUCACCAACAGAUGGCUCUGAUCAAUUGCAAGAGAUACGUCACAAUGGAUUUAAACAUUGCGAAACUUGUUCUUGUAUAAUCGAACCAAUGUUACCAAAUACUUCUGAACCUAGAAUAGUACCAUCAUCUUCUGUAACGACAGCUCAAUGUACGCCGGUUGAAGAAGAAAAACAAUUUAACAUCAAGGAUGUAGAAAUAAUUUUCAACCAAGAUCAAUUGUUGCAACAGAGUAGUUCUGUAUUAGAAAAUAGAAAUACAAGACUAUAUCGACCGACAGUGUUAGAACUACCGCCGUAUAAUGAAGAGAGAGAGAUAGAUAUAAAGAAAGAGAAAGAAUCAGAUGUGCCAGUUAUUUAUGACCAAAAUCAAUUGAAUAUUUGUGGCAGCCCUGUGUUAGAGAGUCAAGAAUGUUAAUAAUUUUCUACCUAUAGUAACAAAAUUUCGUCUGGAAAUAUGUAAAAUCUAAAUGGACAUAGAAAAUAGCCUGAAAUAAAAAAAAUAUUACAGCUAUAGUACUCUUGUGACUUUUUUAUACUAAUAGAUGGCGCUAUUGAACUAUUAUAGUUUCACUUAUUCCUACCAGGGAAGAUAACUUUGUCGGUCUAUAACAGUAUACAUACUAAGACCGCGAACACCUUUGACUCAACUAUCGCACGACUAUUUAGUCUCGCUUUGAUUCCUAUGAGCUUAUAUGGAGGUCACACUACUCGAUUUUUAGUU